GUUGCGAUAGUCGUUGCAAGGAUCCGGCAAUUGGGACUCGAGGUGGCGCUCCACAAGUCCGAGGCCAUGUGCUUUCAUGGCCGCGGGAACGCGCCACCUCCAGGUGGGUCCCAAAUAACGGCAGGAGGGGUUACCAUCGGCGUCGAGACGACAAUGAAGUACCUGGGACUCGUCCUCGACAGUCGAUGGAACUUCGUGGAACACUUCCGACGUUUGGCUCCUAAGUUGGAACGGACGGGGGCUGCGCUUAAGCGGCUCCUGCCCAACCUCGGAGGGCCAAAUGCCUCCUGCCGGAGGUUGUAUGCGGGGAUCGUGCGGUCCAUGGCCCUCUACGGCGCCCCAGUGUGGGCGCCGAACUUGAUGCGGCGGCCAACUCGGACGCUGCUCACGUCCCAGAGGGUCAUGGCCAUCCGGGUGAUCCGUGGAUAUCGCACGAUCUCCGGGGAGGCGGCGAACCUCCUUGCCGGAUUACCGCCGUGGGAUUUGGAGGCGAAAGUGCUCGCGCGCGUCUAUAGUCUGCGCGCCGACGCGCGUCGCCGGGGCGAAACUCCGCUGCCGCGCCAGAUUAGUGCGUGGCGGGACGAGCUCCGGCGCGAUCUCAUGGCGGAUUGGCAGCAACGACUGUCGCAACCGAGGGCUGGGCUCGCUGUCAUUGCAGCGGUAAGUCCCCUCUUUGAGGAGUGGCUAGAGAGGCGCCAUGGCGUCCUCACCUACCGCCUAACGCAGGUGCUUACCGGACAUGGGAGUUUCGGUAGGUUCCUGUUUUUGAUUGGGCGGGAGGAAACGCCCGGGUUUCAUCACUGCGAAGACCGCCCGGAGGACACGGUGGAACACACGGUUGCGGUCUGCCCUGCGUGGGCUGAACACCGCCGUGCCCUCAGGGAAGUGAUCGGCGACGGCGACCUCUCGCGUCCGGCUUUGGUUCAGGCCAUGGUGCGGAGCGAGGGGGACUGGGAUGCCGUCUCCUCCUUCUGCGAAGCAGUUAUGCUAGUUAAGGAGGAGGCGGGACGCGUGAGGGAACGAACUUCCUCACGCCCCAGCCGACGCGAAAGACAC